AUGCCUGAAGAAACAGUAUAUAGACCAAGAAACUAUAUUAACCAGAAACAGGAUAGAAACAUUAUAGACCAAAGCCUGAAGCUAGUGAGUAUAAAUUGCAGUGUGGGGACAGGGAGUCUUGAAUCCUUGGUGUGUACUCGAGGCGCCAUCACCUACAACAAGAUCCACAACACAAAAAAUGUUGACCUCAAGCAUCAUUUACAUAGCAGUGUGUUGCCUAGACGCAGUGAGCGGGAGGCUGCGAGGCGGCGGCUAAGCGACCACAGCAAGACAGGCAGGAAGAGGAGUCAGCUGGGCGAGGCGACCCACGACGACGAGGCUGUGCUGGGCGCGAAGAGAACUUACAUGGAUGACAGGCCGGACAGACAGGCGGAGAGCGAUGACGAGGAGGGCAUGGUGGCCGAGGAGGAGGGUGUCAUGGCCGUGGUAGAGGAUCAGCCCCUGCUCGUCAUGGCCCUGGAGGGGGAGGAGGAGGGCCAGCAGGAGGACGAAGAUGACGAGAGUCUAGAAGAGUAUCAUGAGCAGGACUCAGAGCCAGAGGAGAGUGAGGGUGAAGGUGAUGGCGACGGUACCAGUGAAAUGUAUGACACAACGCUUCCUUCUAGACAUGUGUACCUGGGUGAGACUGAGGAGCUUCGGGGUCGCACUGUGCAAGAAGAAAAUGAUUAUGUGAGCCUCCCCCUACUACAGCACAGCUCCCUCAUGAACCUAGUGCUGGUCCCCACACAGACCUUGCCCCUAUCUAUCUUUCAGCCUGUCCAAGUCUCCAUGCUUCGUUCUGUCAUCCUCAAAGAUGGCACAUUUGGUAUUGUUCAUUCUAGACAUGCUCAAGAUGGAAGGUCAGGGCUUGCAAAGUAUGGCACAACAGCAGAAAUAUAUGAGUAUCAGGAGGAAGACUUUACUCAAACGAUGUCAAUCAAGGCUAAAGGUCGCCAGAGGUUUAAAGUAAUUUCAACACACAGGGAGAGCACUGGGUUGACCGUAGCAAAAGUUCAAAUUUUACCCGAGAUCCAAAUGGGUAACCCCUUUGAAAUGAUGCGACUACAAUCCCUGGAUAAGCUAACCCUUCCCGACCCUAAAGAGUCUGCCACUCGUGUUGCAAUGCUGAGAGAUCUUAAGUCUGUUCGAACCCCAAACUGUUGGCGAAUAAGAAGAAGAAAUGCAUGGCUUACCCCUUGGCCUGUGUGGGUUUAUGAUCAAUAUGAUGACCUCUUGCUGGUGCAGAGAGUCGUCAAUGAACUCAUGAACAAUACCAUGAUCAAGCCUGCAUCAGUGAAGCUGCCUCGUGACCCCCAAGAACUGUCUCACUGGGCUGCCAUCAACCUCCCCCUCGACAACUCCCACCGCCUCUUCCUCCUUAGUCUUAAUACACCUACUCAGCGGCUCAAGUACAUCCUCUCUGUCCUCACAAAGUGUAAGAAGUUGACUUGUGUCCAGUGCACUGAUGUCAUUGGAGACUUUGGUGACAUCUUUUCUAUGUCAGUUGAAGGACCCCAAGGAACAUUUGUAAAUCCAGGAGGCUAUGUACAUGAGAUGCUUACCCUUACUAAGGCUACAAACCUCACCUACUACUCUCAGCCAUCAACAGAACACUCAUGGUUCCCAGGAUAUGCUUGGAUAAUUGCAUCCUGCUCAACGUGUCACAGUCACAUAGGCUGGAAAUUUACUGCCACCAAGCGGAAGCUGAAGCCACAAAAGUUUUACGGCCUCACUCGGAAAGCUGUAAGGGCAAAGUUGGUUGGUGAUAAUGAUGAGGAAGAACCCCAACAUAUUAUUUAAGUCAUGUUGGGUAUAUAGAGUGUCCCAGAAAUAGCAACAAUAUUAUGUCCUAUUUAUUGAAAGCAUGUUACCCAAGAAAAUAAAGAGUGUAGAACAUAACUAAAAUCAUAUUUAUAUUAUGCCUACUUAUUAAAGCUAUUGUAUCAAUUAAUCAUAGGACUUUAAUUAAAGAAGGCAAAUAUAGAAGUUUCAUGUAUAUUAUUGACUCGAUUGUGAUGUUAUUCAUACAAUUCUGUGAUUGUGAUCUCUCAAGGGAUUUCCUAAAACACUUCAUAGAAAAAAUAAGUUCUCACAGUUUUUUUGUACACAGACCAUUACAUUCUAGAUGGGAAAUCGGAGUUUCACGCUGUUCACUGGCACAUGACAUGAUACUGCAUCUUUUGAGAAGUCCCAUUAUGUGUGGCAUGGAUAUCCUAACCAACAUGAACAUGAAAAAUGUCUUUCAGUUUGUUCAUGGUGCUUUUUAUUAGUCAUGGUAAUAUUUGCCAGCAUGUCUGUAGACUGUUCAAUAAAAUUCUACUUUUCCAAACUCAUUUUGUCUUGGAAACUCACAUGACUUGAGCUGGGUCAGCUUUAAACACUUCAUUAGGGGUAACUGAAGCCCAGGCACUGGUGCAGAAAACCUCCCACAGACUUUGCUUUUGAUCGCUAAAUCUUUGAAAUGUGAAAAUAUUUAACAAGUGGUUUGCUAUGUAAUUAAGGGAAUGAGUAGAAGUUCUGUGACUUUGUAGCUCAUUUAAGGAAUCAAUGGUGGGUGUGAUGUGUCAGUCAUUAUUUGAUAUGGCUUUCAGGUGUGGGGCUGCCAUUUCUGUAAUUUAAGGUAUUUCAUUUACACAUUCGAGCUUCUGCAGUUUUAAGCCAUGCUGUAUAACAAUAACUAGUUAUUAUAAUGUGCUGGAUUGUAAAUUAAAAUCCUAAAAAAGUUGUGUAAGUGAAGAGUAUUUACAUUUGACCAUAGGAAAAAUAUAGAAGAUAAGUGAGGGAAUGUGCAAUCAUGUGAGGUCGGAAGUGAAACUAAUGAAGGAUUAUUUUCACUGAUGCAGUGUUGUUUCUGAUCCAGACAACAGUCAAUACACCCCAGGAAAUUACUAUUAAAUCCAAUUUGUAAAUUGCAGAUGAUAUCUCUAUUUUUCUAAAUCACUGUAUACAUGGACUUUUAGUUCAGUAAAUUAAUGUGAGGUUUAUGUCAAGGAGAUGCAACAUAAAUAAGGUAAAAAAAAUUCACAAACCUUUCUUCAGUCAAGCAAUAAGUGACAGCUCACUAGGAUGGAGUCAAUGAAUGUCCUUAUUUCAUAUAAUUUAAGGUAUCUUAUCUUUUUGAUUAUAUGUAUUUGUAUAUGCUGGAGAAAUAGAUGUGUUCUGAGAUAUUGUAGUGUAGAGUUAAACAUGCAGAAAACAGUAUGAGAGGAGGCUGGGAGUUGAGGAAUGAGUGGGUGCUUGUGUUAAAUUUAAGAAUUGAUGAAUAUAGCUCGUUUGGCUGACUUCAUAACAAACUGUUGCAUAAUUUUAUUUUUAAUUACUGGGAUGACCCUAGCUCUUCAGCCUCAUAGAUGAUCUGGACAGAAUGCAUGAGGUUUGGAGAUACAGAUGCAGGGCAGAAUGGCUUCUAAUAGGUUGUGUAGCCCAUUUCAAUGGGCAAGCUAUUUAUUCUCUGACCAUCUUACCCAGACUCUGGACGCUUGCCUUGGCCAGUAUAGGAAGUGAAGUUACUUGAUGUUAUAUUAUUUCCCUCAACAGUUGUGUAUGCACUUGAAGAAAAGCUUACCUGUCUACAAA